UGUGCUUGUGUAGUGGUGUGUGUAGCGUACCGACCGCAGUACCGCUGAAGAAGGUGUUAUAAUUGAUAAUAGCACAGUCCUUAUUUCAAAAUAUAAUGAAUUUUGUAGAACGAAAGAAACAAUAUAACGUAGUGCCUAUUUAUUAAAAAAUAGGGUAUAAGAACAUGUUUUGGAUAUUGUCUACGCCUAAAUAUAGCUAAAAAAAAUUAAAAGUCAACUUGAGUGUUAUCAGUUAUCACGUGUGUUCACAUGAGUGUAUUCUCUGUGCUAACUUCACCUUGGUCCGCAAUUUUACAGAGGGUCUAGCAUAAAAGUUUACGAUACGCACCUUCGUACCGUCGACGACAAAAUAUAUCAAAAUUUGCUGGUAUAGUUACGCCCGGUAGAGUAGAGUUUCUGCACUUUUUUAUUUGAUUAUUUGAAUACAAAUUUUGACGUUGACGUUACGAAAAUCUAAAUUGUCCUCACAAAUAUUCGUGCUAGGCCCUCUGAACUGUAAACGAAUACUUUAUUUUGUUUUGUUUACAAUAGGCGAUGCAAAAUACACUAUAGAUACAAAUAAUUAUAACUCACCAACGUGUUAAAAAAACGGACCGUAAAAGAAAAUGAACGACUCCAAUAUGACACAGGGUUUUGGAAAAUUUGGCCCUUUAGUUGGUGCUAUUGAUGAAGGUACUUCUAGUGCCCGAUUUAUAAUAUUCAAAGCCAAUUCAUCAGAAGUUAUAGCACUACACCAGAAGGAGUUAACUCAACACUUUCCUCAAGAAGGGUGGGUUGAACAAGACCCACUCGAUAUUUUAGAGGUUGUGAUAACCUGCAUUGAAAAAGCAGUUGAAAAAUUAGUUCUUCUCGGUGGAAGUCCUAAGGAUAUAGUAGCAGUAGGUGUAACAAAUCAAAGAGAAACAACCAUUGUAUGGGACAAAGAAACAGGGCAACCACUGCACAAUGCCAUAGUUUGGUUGGAUAUGAGAACAACAACCACAACAGAUAAAUUAUUAGACAAUGUCCCAAAUAAAUCAAGGAACAAGAACUAUUUAAAGCCACUAUGUGGUCUUCCUCUAUCACCCUACUUUAGUGCAGUUAAACUCAGGUGGCUUCGUGACAAAAUUGAUGUUGUUAACAGUGCUAUGAAGAAAGGAACUUGUUACUUUGGUACUGUGGACACUUGGAUCAUUUGGAAUUUAACAGGAGGGCCAAAUGGUGGGAAACAUGUUACAGAUGUAAGUAAUGCAUCGAGAACAAUGUUGAUGAACAUUGAAUCUUUGGAAUGGGAUCCUUUAUUGCUCAAAUUCUUUGAAGUGCCAAAAUCAGUUCUACCAGAGAUCAGAUCCAGUUCUGAGAUUUAUGGAUAUAUAGCGAAUGGACCACUGCAGGGUAUACCAAUAUCAGGAUGUCUCGGUGAUCAACAAGCUGCCUUGGUCGGCCAGAUGUGUUUACAAAAAGGACAAGCCAAGGCCACAUAUGGUACUGGAUGCUUUGUAUUAUACAAUACAGGAGAUAUCCGAGUAAACUCAAGUCGAGGCUUACUUACUACAGUAGCAUAUCAAUUGGGAAAGAACAGUCAACCAGUAUAUGCUUUAGAAGGAUCGGUAGCAGUAGCCGGUGCGGCUUUAGGUUGGCUCAAAGACAACAUUGGUAUGUUAGAUGAUGCCAAGGAGUCUCAAUCUCUCGCUGAGAUGGCAACAGAAAAUGGCAGUGUUGUAUUUGUUCCCGCAUUCAGUGGUUUAUAUGCGCCAUACUGGAGACAAGAUGCCAGAGGGGUGAUUUGUGGUAUAACUGAAGAUACAAAUUCACAUCAUAUAAUAAAAGCAGCUCUUGAAGCAGUUUGUUUCCAAGUGCGAGAUAUUUUGAAUGCUAUGAACGAAGACUGUGGAAUUCCUCUUCAGUUGCUUAAGGUUGAUGGGGGGAUGACAUCAAAUGCCUUGGUCAUGCAGAUGCAAGCGGAUUUAAUAGGUAUAAAUGUAAUCAAAGCUGGUUUCGCCGAAAGUACGGCUUUGGGGGCGGCGCUAGUUGCAUAUUGGGGCGUUGAUGUGUCAAAUCAUGGUGAACCUAUACCCAUGACUAGUGGUAUCACAUACACUCCUUGUAUAAAUGAUGAUGAACGAGAUACGAGAUAUAAAAAAUGGAAAAUGGCCGUUGAAAGAUCUCUUGGAUGGGAUCAAAACUAAUUAUGAAAAUUCUUACCUAUAUUUUUUUGGAAUUUUGGAUAUUUUUUAUGUAAC